GGCCGCGGUGCCCACCCCCGCGCCCCCGGGCGCAGCGCGCGGGCCAGCCGCCCGCCCCGCCGGCGCCCGGCCGGGGCGGCGCGGCGAUGAGCACAGGCGGGCUGGCCGGCGGGCUGGGGGGCGUUGGCGGGCGCCCGCUGGUGCAGGCGGCGGAGGUGCGAGACGCCGCGAGCAGCGCCGCCUCCGACGCCGACGCCGACGCCAGGGACACCGAGGGGUUCGAGGAGGCGAAGCAGCGCGCGAGCACCCCGGGCAAGAGGCUGGGCUACGCGUCCGCGUUCUCGGGCGCGGCGGUGCUGGCGAACACGCUGUUGGGGGGCUCCGGGAUGCUGGGGAUCCCGCACGCCCUGGCCAGGUCGGGCUGGCUGCUCGGGUGCGUGCUGGUGGUGCUGUUCGGCUGUGCCUCCGCAUUCGGCUCGCACCUCCUGCACUGCUCGGCGCGGCGGAUCGGGCACGCGCCCUGCACGUUCUACACCGUGUGCCGGGAGGCGGCCCCGCGCUGGACGUGGCUGAUCGACGGGGCGGUGAUGGUCAAGUGCUUCGGCGUGGGCACCUCGUACCUGAUCAUCGUCGGGGACCUGGCGCCCCCCGCCCUGGAGUUCCUCCUCGGCGGCUCGUGGAUCAGGCGAUGGCACACCGUCACGGUCGGCUUCGCCGCUGCGGGCGCGCUGUCGUGCCUGCCGGACCUCACCCCGCUGAGGUACACGGCCACCGCCUCGGUCCUGAUCACUUUUUGGGUGGUGGUGCUGAUCCUGCUCUUCUACUGCAGGGCCGGCCCCGCCUUCGAGCCCUGCGGGUCCCCCGGCGAGGGGCUGCCCUGCUGCCCCGCCGGGGGCACCUGCCCUGCCCCGGUGGCGUUCAGCGCCAUCGCCCCGCACGGCUUCGUGGAGCUGGGCAGGGCGCUCCCCGUCUUCAUAUUCGGAUUCACAUGCCAGCAGAACGUGUUCACCAUCUGCAACGAGGUGAGGGUCGCCUCGAAGAGGCGGAUGGACAAUAUCGUCCUCAGCGCGUACACCGUCUCGGGCUUCGCCUUCGCCUUCGCGGCCCUCUUCGGCUACGCAACUUACGGUGACGGCGUGACCUCGGACGUGCUCAGGGGGUACCCGCAGGACACCGUUGUGCAGGUCACGAGGCUCCUGUUCUCGCUGCUGGCGGUGUUCUCGUACCCGCUGCAGGCGCACCCCUCGCGCACCUCUUGCCUGUCGCUGUGGGCGCUCGCCUGCGACUCCCUGGGGACCGCCGGGCGCGAGAUCGGCCAGGAGGGGGGCGGCGCGGGGCGCGGGGGCGCGGGGCUCCGCGAGAGGCAGCGCUUCCGGGUCGCGACGGUGGUGGGCCUGUCCAGCUCGUACCUCAUAGCGGUGGUCGUCCAGGAUUUGUCGGCCGUGCUCGGGGUCGUGGGCGCCACGGGCUCGACCAUGGUGUCCUACAUCCUCCCGGGGCUGUGCUACACGCAGACGUUCCGGGAUCCGCACAUCCAGGCGCAAGCUCGCUUGGCUUCAGCUCGGCGCGGGCUGCGUGAUCAUGCCCACGUGCCUCGCCCUGGAGUUCUUCAAGUAGCGCCAGCGACGCCAGCGGCGCCCGCCGCGUCCGCUUUGGCGUCCCACUGCUGGGGCGAUGGCCCCGCGGCUGAUCGACCUCCUUCUCCUCCUCCCCCUCCUCCUCCUCCUCCUCCUCCCUCCCUCCCUCCCUCCCUCCCUCCUCCCUCCCUCGCUCCUCGCUGAGCAUCCAGCCCUCGCGCGCGCCGUGCCGCCAGCCCUGUUUUCAGGUCGGCGUGCCCGCUGCUGAGGAGCGCGGGCCAGCACACGCCCGCUGUACAGAGUGCGGUCUUUGUCGAGGGACGCUGCGCGCGGCCGCGGGGCGUCCCGCUCCCGCCCUCGAGCGAAAGCAACGAGUCUGCCCGCAGUGCCCGGCCGCUAGGAGCUCAUUCGGGUGACCUUCAUGGGGGCCACCCGACGCAUCGCCUCGACCAGUCGAGGCACGUAUCGAUUGCAGUGCGGUGCUCGCUCGACCCAAGUUCGAUUCCAG